AUGGCUGAAGAAACGAAUCACAGCCAAGUGCCUAUGCUGUGUUCCACUGGCUGCGGAUUUUAUGGAAACCCUCGUACAAAUGGCCUGUGUUCAGUAUGCUAUGAAGAGCAUCUUCAACGACAGAAUAGCAGGAAUGAUAGAAUAAGCCCCCCUGCGGCUUCCGUCAGUAGUCUGUCCGACUCUUUACCAGGUCAGUGCACAGAGGGCAGCGUCCCAGAGGCUCAGUCCGCACUGGACUCCAUACCUGCGGACAAAGCAACACCUGAAACAGAAGACCUGCAACCUUCAGUAUCCCACACAGCACAGCAGCCACCUGAAGAGCAAAGCAAGUCUCCUGAAAAACCAAAACAGAAAAAAAAUCGCUGUUUCAUGUGCAGGAAGAAAGUGGGACUUACUGGGUUUGAAUGCCGGUGUGAAAAUGUUUACUGUGGUGUACACCGUUACUCAGAUGUACACAAUUGCUCUUACAAUUACAAAGCUGAUGCUGCUGAGAAAAUCAGAAAAGAAAAUCCAGUAGUUGUUGGUGAAAAGAUCCAGAAGAUUUGA